AUGUUUCUCAGCCCAUAUUGCAGCCUCAUCGCACUAUGCCUCUCGGGCGGUGUCGCGGCGGACGGCUGGGACGACUUCACCAACAAUCUUGCCUCGGACCUCGCUCCCAUCAUAUCCCUUUUCGGAGAGCAGGCGACGAAGCAAUACCUCAGCGAGAGCAUCACGUGGCUGGACUACUUCAUUUUCGCCAUGGCGCCCAUCGGCAUCCUCACCGCGCUGGUGUCCGCGAUCCGCGUCUGCGGCAGCCCUUCCCUCAAAGCCUUCAUCGGCAGAGCAAAAGAAGCAGCGGGCAACGUGGAGGCCGAGCUGCUCUCGUCCACGAGCAGGAACGUGUGCGAACUGUACAAUGGCGGUGGCAUCGAGCGCAUUAUCGGUCGUCCAAAGAUCCUCGAGGUUGUGCUCGAUCGGAAAGUGGAUGACGAAGAAUUUACCAGGGAGGGGGGGUCGGCGGGCAUCUACACCUUCGCUGACUACGUGAGGAAUGAAAAUCACCGUCAAGAGUGGAGGCCAUGGCCUCAUCACGAGAGCACAGAGCCGUCAAAGGGUGAUGGGCCAAAGAUGACUGAAGAGUAUGGGCCGAAUCUUUCCCACAAUGUCAGCAUCAAGCGCUUGGAUGAUUGGUGGUUCAGACUCGUGGGAGUGAUCGGGUUUGUGUUGCAAGUAGGUGUGUUGAUCUAUGCAGCCACGGCAACCUACUACCUUCGGUUGGAAAAGGACGGAGAGCAGCCACCAUCGUAUGCUUGUCCGAUGGUCAUUGUGGGAACCGUUCUGGUUUGCGGAGGAGUGUUCUUCUGCGCUGUCCUGGUGGGAGAGAGCACCGAAGAAGAGAUUUACCAACGCGAACGGAAUCUAUCAGAGAGGUCCUCUCUGUACUGGUUGCAACCGGCUCAAGUGCACGGUGAUCAGACAUUUGAACCAUUCUGCUACGCGGAUGUGGGGGGUGUCGGCUCCCUCAAUCGACACAUUACCUCACGGAAGAAGCAGAGCGCCCCUUCAGAGCUUUCUGUAUGGCUCGUCGUCGGGUCUAGCGUUUCUGGAUUUGUUCUACAAUUUGUCGGCCUCCGCGGGACACACUCGUCGAUUUCGUUGGCCCAGCUCGGGGCAGCCCUGAUCAUGAGCAUGCUGAGGGCUGGUCUUCGCACGCAGAGACUGGACUCGCAGGGCAAUCGACUUUCAGAGCAAGAAAUCAGUGCGAUGAUGAUCUCAUCAGAUACGCUCAAGGGCCAUGAGCUAGACUGGCUGGCCCUGCACAUAGGUCAGGAGGAGGCCAGAGAGGGGAUGGACUGUAGAGCUUCAAGCAUUGAAAAGGGCGGGCGAACGUGGCGGCUCUGUGGCUUGGAUAUUCCAUGGCCUCGUGAGAAGGACAUUGAGAAAGCCUCGCGACCGGGUGAAACAAACAGCAAACGACGGUCCUACUCGUGGUUGUUUUUCGGUGCUACGACAGCCGGUGAGAGAAUCACAUACCAACCAUCGGAAACAAAUUCUGGUGGAAUUGGACACAAGCCUUCUGAAUCAGCAGAACCCCAAGGCAGGGCGGACUGCGCCAACAGGAUUCUGGCCUACCGUCGAACCCUGACCCGACUCACGGAACCAACGACUGCGAAACUCGAUCUGGCUGUUUUGACGCGUCACUUCUCCAACGAAAUGGUUGCCGUGCGAGAAACGGCAAGACAGCUUGUCCUGGCGAUUGAGUCAGUUGCCAACAGCGUCUGUUCGUCGUCGACGGCGAUCAUCAUGGAGGAAUGGCGUUCGAAACACAACGACUUGUAUUGCGCCAUGAACUGCGGCGUCUCUCCUCGUGCUGGAAAUCAGAUUGCCAAGGUCUUGCUUCACCUUCACCGCGGUGGCCAAGAUUCCCAUUGGAGGCUCGAAGGCAAAGAAAUCAUGGAGGCCAUGCUAGGACUCUGGACGUGGUCUCUGAUUUCAGAAUCAGCAAGGAGCCACUCUCAGCUGAAAGUAACGCGAAGAAGGAUAGUGUCGAGUGUCAAACACCCGGAAGAAGUGGGCUACUACAAAUGGUUCAGAAGUGCUGCUGGACGCCCCAUGAAGCACACUUUGAAAGGGCUGAAUACAGAGUUUGGCCCCUCUACAUUGUGGCUCAACGAGGAAGGUAAACUCAGAAACGCAACGCCGACGCCAACGGGAAAUAGCGAAAUUUCCAAAGGUCCAUUGAAUCAACUGUUUGGAUGGUUCAGCGGAGAACCGCUGCACCUAUCAUCCUCUUCGGAGCAGUCCGAAAUCGACGUCUUUACCCUACCUACGACUUCGGACCUGCUCUCACUUUGCGCCCAGGAGAUCCUGGGCACUUUUGUGAAAAGCAUCCUGGACCUGGUAAAGAGCAUCGGGGAAGUUGAGGUGGACGGCACUGCAGACAACGUUUGCUUGAGGAGCCGCCUGGCAUCAGAGUUGGUGGAGGCGAUCGAGAAAAGUGGCUUGGCGUCUCGCGAUGAUGCCCUGCUUUGCGUUCUGCCUCCAAUAGUGCGCCGAGAAUUUGAUGCCCAGCGCACGCCGUUGUGGUUCGCUGCUGGGAUCGGCCAUGAAGGGAUGGUAAUCGAGGCACUUGGCCAGAUCACCGACCGCCAUGGAUAUAACCUCCCUUCCCUGGCUGGCCCUCUUCUUCAAGCAGCAUCGAAGGGUCGCGACGGCAUCGUCAGGCUCUUGCUGCAGCAUGGAGCAGACCCCAACGUCGCAGAUGCAUCAGGAACGACACCACUGUGCCAGGCUUCCGAGAAUGGCCACGAGCAAGUCGUCAGGGUACUGCUCGAGUUUGGAGAGGUAAAUCCAAAUGUCACGGAUCCGUGUGGGAGAACCCCGCUCUGGCAUGCGGCGAAUAAUGGGCACGAACUCGUUGUAAUGGCAUUGCUCGAACAAGGCGCGAGGCCCGAGAAGGGUGCCAGUGCUCACGGAACGCCGCUCCAAAGAGCAAUUCAUAACGGUCACGACUUGGUAGUCAGAGAAUUUCACGCUCAUAGCGAGGGCAAAGAAAUGGGCUAUAUCGGGGGAGGAAGGAACUGGGUCAACGAUGAAAUGAUGGAGGGACCUGCUGAACAAUACGAAAAGGCCUGUAAAAGCUUCCUCGAUUACGUAUCUCCGAAUAAAUUCGAAGACGGGAAAGAACUCGAUGACAAAGACGCCAUCAAGAUUGCUCUUCUCGGGCAAGGCGUUGAUAGCGAAAAGCUGCGGACGCAUGGUUCAGGUCUGGACCAAUACAUCUUCGACAAGCAGAACUUCACGAAUGAGAGUCCUUCGGGAAAGGGUUUACGUUGGGAGGCAACAUUGAUAUCUCUCAUUCACCAAUAUGGCCCGAAGGCGAAAAUCUAUGUCGCCCAAGUCACCAACGAGCGCCGAGUCCAUCCACGAGACGCGGACCAAAUUGUUGAGGCCAUUGAGUACGCAAUUGAGUCCUGGAAUGUUGACAUCAUCGUCCUGCCCUUUGGGUUCGCGUCGGUCAAUCGUAUGAUGAUGAAGCCCCUGGCCGAGACUCGGAAAAUGAACAAGCAAACGAUCGUAAUUGCUGCUGCUACAACUAACGGGUUCAACUCAGUCAGAGGAUACCCGGCCACCAGUCCCCACGUCAUUGCAAUACAUGCGGUUGAUGGCCAGGGGAGACAUUGCGGUCUUGCUCCGUCCCCGAAAGCUGGCGACUACAACUUCUCUGUGGUCGGCGCGGGGUUGAAAGCCCCUUGGACUAAUAAAGAGACAGGAAAGAAACUCGUUAAUGGUAACACGUAUACGGCAGGGAUUGCAGCGGGUAUCGCAGCUUCUUUCCUCCACUUUUUGAGGAUAUCACUCAUCCAGGACGAGCCCAAACUCAAUCUGAGCCCUGAGGACCACAUGUGGCUUCGAUCCACGGACGGCAUGCGAGAGAUGCUACAUUUGAUGUCGACUCCGAUUGAUGGAUACAAUUUUCUGACGCCGUGGGCAGUAUUCAGCAAGAACAUCAAGAACAGCAAGAACGUCGAGAACAGCAAGAGCGUCGAGAACAGCAAGAACGUCGAGAACAGCAAGCGAGAACGAAUCCUUGACAUCAUCAAGAUGACAGUUGAUAAAAAACGAGGGAGGGUGUUACGGAUGCCAGAACCCAGCGCCGAGAGCAGUCGCAGCUCGUCAUGUGACUGA